UUUAAUUUUGACUCUCAUCGAAAGAAGUUUCACUUCAAAAAGUGAUUAGGGAGUGUGCGUGGUGACCGCGAUGCGGCGUUUGCCGCGCGACAGCGUGCGAUGAUCGCGCGGCGCACGCCAGCGCGCUGGACUGUGCACGCGCGACGGUGCGCGACCCUUAUGAUUUUGGCCCUGUGCUUCUUUACGUUUGUACCAGUUAAGUUAGAGCGUACAGCGGCCGUGGAUCGGUUGGAAAACGUGACACACACCGUGACUCGGAUACUGGACGGAUACGAUAUACGACUACGACCCAAUUUCGGUGGCGAUCCGCUGUAUGUUGGCAUGGAUCUGACCAUCGCGAGCUUUGACGCUAUAUCGGAAGUUAAUAUGGAUUACACAAUAACCCUUUAUCUGAACCAGUACUGGAAGGAUGAAAGGUUGGCUUUCGGUUUAAUGGACGAGGUCUUAACCCUCUCUGGGGACUUCGCUGAUAAGAUUUGGGUUCCUGAUACUUUCUUCGCCAAUGAUAAGAAUAGUUUCCUCCACGACGUCACAGAGAGGAACAAGCUGGUUCGUUUAGGAGGCGAUGGGAGCAUAACCUACGGGAUGCGCUUCACGGCCACGCUGGCCUGCAUGAUGGACCUGCACUACUACCCCUUGGACAGUCAGAACUGCACCGUCGAGAUUGAAAGCUAUGGUUACACCGUGUCUGACGUGGUGAUGUACUGGAAGGAUACCCCGGUACGGGGUGUGGAAGACGCUGAGCUGCCGCAGUUCACGAUACUUGGACAUGAAACUAACGAUAGGAAGGAGAAGUUGGCGACAGGCAUCUAUCAGCGUUUGUCACUGAGCUUCAAGCUGCGAAGGAACAUUGGUUACUUCGUGUUCCAAACUUAUCUGCCGAGCAUCUUAAUUGUGAUGCUGUCCUGGGUGUCGUUCUGGAUCAAUCACGAGGCAACGUCUGCAAGAGUUGCUUUAGGUAUAACAACGGUGCUCACAAUGACAACAAUAAGUACGGGCGUACGAAGCAGCCUGCCGCGCAUUUCAUAUGUGAAAGCCAUCGACAUCUACCUCGUCAUGUGUUUCGUGUUUGUGUUCGCCGCAUUGCUUGAGUAUGCGGCUGUUAAUUAUACGUACUGGGGCGCUAGGGCAAGGAAACGGGCCAAGUUAAAAAACAGAGACCUAUCUGCUAGUACUAGUGUGGAAAAGGAUUUGAAAAGCUCUGGAGGGUCACGAUCACCUGAAGAAAUUAUUGCCCUCCGCGAGUGUACGCCAACGUCGGGCAGGGUUUCGCCCCUAUUAGGGCUGCGGUCUAAGCCACUGCCGCCGGCGACUGGCGCUCCGCCCUCAUUGCGUUUACAGAGGGACCAUACAAACCUUCGUUAUAGGACCCGACCGCACUCAAGGACUUCUAGAAACAGCGCAACCAAACCUCGUGUGAUGCACGCUCUUCGGAAAAGCGCUACAGUUAUAAAAGCUUCGAUGCCAAAAAUCCGUGACGUCAACGUUAUAGACACGUAUUCACGCGUCAUAUUCCCCAUAAGUUUUCUUAUCUUUAACGCUAUAUACUGGGUCUUCUAUGUAAUCGAUUAGACUAACCAAUGAUACUAUUGGCUCCCAGUAACUUUUAUGUAGAUACUAAGCCAAGUUCAGAAUCAUGGAUAUGUUAAGGAUAAGAAAAUCCUUUAGCGUUAUAAUAGGAUGGUUAACUUAACGGUUUUUGGAUUCAAUAUGUAAAUAUAAUGCUACGUAGUUAAUGUGAACCAAUAUUAAAAUAUAUUGUGCGUUACUAAUUAAUUAUUGUCAAAUAAUGAUCAUGUGAGAAAAAUGUGAAAACGAGAGUCUUCUUUUAUUUAUUCAGACUUUUAUUUCUACCACUUUAUUACUAUGUUGUCACGGGACCAUACAUGAUUUACGCAGGUGACAUACUUUAAUUUUGUUUAUUUAUUCGUUUAACUGUAUGAAAAUAAUUAAAUGCAUAAGUAUAAUGCAUUGAUUAUUUUAAACAAUAAAUUAAAACUGUACAAUAUCUUAAUUAUUGUUAGUUUCUGUAAAACAUAACCUUGUUAUUUUUUCGUUAAAAAAAGACAAGUAAUUCAUAAGGACUAUUUUAUGUCUUAUUAAUAAUAAAUAGAUUUAAUUGUAUAGAACCCUGCGAUGUUCGAACAUUGUGCAUACUGCAAACUAUUACUUUAGUAGAAUUAACAUACUGCCAAACAUAAAUAUCAAAUGUAAUUUAUAUUAUAUGAUACUACUUAAGCAUAUUAUA